CGUCGGCGAAGGGGCGACUGCAUUGCGGCCUAUUCAGAUGUAUUCGUGCAGCUGCAGCACUACCCGGCUUCCGUCAGCGUAGCAGCGUCGGACGACAUGCGAACCAUCGUCGACGGGGCUGAGGGGGCUGCCACGCACAGGCCCAAUCCCGAUGUCCUGUCUUGAACGCCAUGAUGCCUAGCAACAAGCACGACCCCUACCAGGAAUUGGAGGCCUACCUCCGGCAAGCGCAGGCCGAGGUAGGCAGGGCCGUCGAGGACCUGCUCGCCUCCGAGUCCACUGGAAGUUCGUCGUCAUGCUCUGGAAGCCGCAAGAACUCGUGUCCUGACUUGUACAGCAUCGGGGUUCCGGACAACUCGUACCGGACGCCAGGCAAGUUCGUGGCCGCUUACACGUCCCUUAGCGCACCUAGACCUCGGCGCAGCGUCAAUGGAAUCGGUGGCUCUUCAUCCGAGAAGGCGCCGUCGACAACGACUCUGGUCGCCACGAACGGCUCUCGAGGACGCCGCGCCAGCGACGGAGAAGCGCCGGCAUGCGCCUGGGACGCGUACUACAGCUGGGAAUCCUUGCAGCUGUCGCGGCCUCCCAGCGGUGACGCACAGCUGCUGUCCAUCUACACCGAGCGCCUCGUGGAAGCGGUCAAUGGUUCCUUCGCCGGAGAACUGUUCCCGCUCGACGAUGAAGGGCCAUCGAUCGAGCGUGGCAGCGACACCGUUGACCAAGGCACUUGGACAAUUCAGCAGAUGACCGAGGCUAGCUGCACUCCUCGCGCUGGUGAGCAGUCGGCCUCAGAGGUGUCCGUCCGAGGGGAUGGCGUCGAGGAUGCAGAGAGCAACGUGGCUUCCGCCUCGCCGUUACGCGAAGGAACUGAACGGGAUUUUCCGAGAAGCACCGACGAUGGCGAAAGCAGUGCGAACAAGAAAUUGUCAAUGGUGAGGUCAUCUUCGUGGCCUGAUCUGGCGGCACUACGGAUUGGCCGUGUGGAUUCUCAACAUUUGACGUCUUUGUGCGGCUCCAGCCGGGCUGGCAGUUGUCCAGAAACAUCGGCCGAUCGAACCAUGAGUGGCGUCGCGUUGUCUUCGGUCGUCAAUAUCGACAGCUCCCAGGCGCUUAGCUACGACGGCUCGCUGUAUAAGAACCAGCAGCUUUACUACGAAUCUGACGAAAGCGGCGAUGAUGAGGAGGGGAAAGAGCCGGAAAGAGCCACACAUGACAUCCUGGGUGAGUACCUCUGA